AUGACCCCUCCGCUGCCUCGCGAUAUUGUCUACCCGUCCACGGGAUCCUUUCCCCCCCAAAAUACCACAAACGCCACUAUGGAAGUUAUGGGGGUAGGGAUCGGUGGCGUUGGUGGUUUGUGCCUUUUGGCACUCUUCAUCUAUCUUAUCGUGCUCUGUGCACGAAAGAAGUGGGCAUCUCCUUUUGUCGGGCCCUAUGUGCCCAAGACUCUUGAUGAAUUUGAAACCGUAAUGGAAAUUGUCCGACAAGGACGAGCCAGGCCCCUGUUCCCCCCUCCCACCAAUUUUCAUGAAUGGAUAACUGCCAAAUUCAAGCCGAACUAUAGCCGAACACCAGUGGCUGGCCCCAGCGGUGGUGCUGGGGCUGCUGGGGCUGCUGGGGCUGCUGCCGCUGCUCCCGAUGCAGCUAUUGCUGCUGCUGCCGCUGCCGGUGCUGCUGCCGGUGUUGCUGCCGCCAUUGCGGCUAUUGCUGCCGGUGCUGUUGGGACUGGGGGUACGGGUGCUGCUACUGCUGCUACUACUGCUGGGACUGGUGCGGGUGCUGCUGCUGCUGGGCCCUGA